CGAGAGGCCCAGGCCUGGCUCGAAGGAUUAUGAAUCCCCGGAAACUCUUCAUCCUCAUCUACAAGGGCGACCCCCUCGACUACACCGAGUACCGCCAUACGGCCUUAUAUUUCCAGUUUGCCGCGCAGGUACGAAGUGUCAUGCAUAUCCUGGGUACGCAGGGUCUUUACAAGUUCGUCGAGUACCUGGGCGCUGACCCCAUGGAAAUCGGGGACCUGGUGCGCGUCGUCCCGGUCACGGAGAUCUCGGGCGACGUCGACGAUGAGGAGGCUAUCCGGGAGACGGUGUCGCGGACCCCCGUGCGCAAUGGGUAUAUGGAUCUGGAGUGGAACUGCCAGCACUGGGUGGGGGAUGCCCUGGGGAGGUUGGUCGAGAGGGGGUGGGUGACUGAGGCGGAGCGGGCGGAGGCCAUCGAUAAGAUGACCGAUGCUUGUUUGGAGGCCCAGGAUGACCAGGCGCUGUCGGCUCAGUGAUGGUCGGAGGCUGGGGGGGAAGAAAUUAGGGACGCGGGCCGUCUGAGUGCACAUUCCGUUCAGGUAUCGAUUGACUUUGACAUUCAUGGGGAUGGUUAUCUCGCGGGCGAGUGAUCAUACUUCGGUUCCCCGGCUCCCCGGCUCGCGUCCCCGGAAGGGGUUAGAUUGGACGACACGGCAGCAUUUCAACACCGACUCCCAAUGCCAUGAUGCCUAAUGUGAUGCAGGUCUGCGGGAGGUGAACUUACCGAAAGAACGGUGUCGGAUCUGUGACGGCAUUCCAUGAUGAACCUUAUCGGUCAUUGACGCUCUUGCGACAAUAAGCCCACCAACCGUGGCGCCAGAAGGCUUGAUCACGACAAUGAUUUGGCGCAGAGUUGUGUAUAUAUAUGCUAGAAAAUGCACGGCUAUGCGCGCAUGGCGCAUUGCUGAUCCGAGAUCAUGC